GUGAGAGGUCAUAGGAAAAGAAAGAUAGUAAAACAUGGAAAUGGAAGGAUAAAGAGAUAAAAAUGAAUUAUUACACAAUACAGAAAAAAAAAAAAAUACUGAACAACACACUGGCCUCUACUUAAAGGGAAAAAGGAGAAGAAAAACAGACGAAAUGAGAUUUAAUAAGUUAGUGUUUGGUAUCGUAUAGCUUAUAACGUAUGUACUAUGAAUAGAGUAAUUAAUAUAAUAUAGUACUAUGGGUGCUCAUUUUGUUCAGAAGGUAAUUAUAGGGCACCUCGCAUGGGCUGUUGGAGCUGAGGAGCCGAAUCUUCAGUAGUUCAAGUGGGAUCACCUGAGGGAUGUUUGGACUUUUUGUGUCCUCAUCACUUGAGAAGUGGGUGGGAGGAAAGCACGAUAUCUGAGUUGUCAUUCACUCAGCAAACUUAGGAAUGAAGUUAGUCCAUUCAGCUCUUCAAUUCUGUGUUAGUUACAACAUCUGUGGUUUUGUAAGCUAUUUAGAACAGCCUCUCAUUACAGUUUUGCAACAAAGACCAGACAGACAGAUCUGUCUCAAUACUGUACAAAAUAAAAGCAAUCAAAAAGCCUUAUUUCGUAUUUCAAAAACAAAUUAAGCGUACAGAUGUCACAGAAUCCUGGAGAAGAUGGUAACUAAGCUACUGUAUCAGUCCAAAAGAUUGACCUAGCCCUGGCUUUGGCAGGAGACAGCGUAUGUGCUUGAUGAAAAGCCUAAGAGCCACAUGAAUGUACAGCUGUGUUGCUAAGAACACUCUCCCUGUUACUCACUGCUUCAACCUCUUGUGCUGAUUUGUAAGUUAGGAGAGGUGACUUUGUGUUGUGUAUCCCAUGAUGAUAUUUGUCUGUGCCUUAAUGUUCCUUGAACCCAUCUCAGUUGGUCUUUAACAAUAUGUUCUCAACAAUGAACUCCACAACUUAGCUGUCAGUUCUAUGACAAGGUGUUACCUUUCUGCUGCUCAUAUCCAUUGCCCAGUACUUUCAUAGGAUGCUCCCUUGUAGUUGUGUUAGAAGACAAAAUAAGUAAUUGUAUCUCAUGUGCCUGCUGUGCACCAGCUGAAAUUCUGUAGAUGCUGUUUUCCAGGCUAAUGUGUAACCAUUCCUCUACUGGAAGCCCUUCCUCAUCUGCCUUGUCCUCUGCCUUUGUUGCCUUAGUUGCUUCCUUAAUUACAGAGCAUUGCUCUUGUCCCUCUAUUUCUCUCUGCUGUGAGGCAGGGUGUUAUGCUUUACGAGUCAAUUUCUUCAAUGUCUGUUUGGUUUUGACUUACCUUGCUCAUUCAAUUAGUUAAUAUAUUUUUCUGAGUCACUUAGUGAUUGUACCGUUUUUCUACUCUUUUUGGGAAUCAAAAGGUAGACUUCUUGAGAUAUUCACAAGACAGUAAGGGCAAACUGAUUCUGGAGGUACUUGCCAACUGGUAGACUGUUCAUGUAUGUGCAUGACAGGCAAGAUAAGGGUGACAGACAAAAUAGGAGAAAAAAGAAAGUAAGAAAAGGGUCUUUAUUUGCUGAACUUUGGUGAUUUUUUUUUCCCCAUCUUUUUUCUUUUCAUCCCUCAUUCCUUUGGAUACUGGGGAAGGGAUGAAUGUGUGCAGAUUGAAUUUUCCACGUCUACCUUGAUUUUUUUUUUUUUUUUUCCCCCCCAGAAUGUUCUUUUUCAUGUGGAUUAUCUUCUUUCUUUUCUCAAUAUGUGGGCUGUAAUUUUUUGAUAUCUCCUAGAUUCCCACUCCUGAAUGACUCACCAUGUGUUAUCACAGCUUGAGACGGUUGAUGUACCAGUUCAGCUUUCUUAGGGAUGGGCCACCCUGCAGAUUGAGAAGGGAAUUAAAAUGCAGAAGGUGCUGGCACUUGAAAAUUUAAUCGCCAACGGGAUCAUCCAGAGAGAGGAAACCUCCAUGGAAAAGGAGAUUGCUGGCCAGCAUAGGGGAUACUUCAGCCUUGCAGAUAUUAUGUACUUUGCCAAGAAGGGGUGUGAGGCAGUUGCAGAAGAUGAAGUCACACAGCGGUUCACCUCUGAGGAGCUGUUGUCCUGGAAUCUCCUCAGCAGAACCAAUGCCAACUUUCACCGUGUCAGCUGGCAACUGACUGCUGUGUGGGUCAUUGGGAUCUUAAUCCGGUACUGUCUCCUGGUGCCUUUUCGCAUCUUCUUGGCUUUCUUCAGCAUCCUCUUGCUGGUCUCAGCAACUACAGUAGUAGGACAGUUUCCAAAUGGCAGGAUUAAACACUGGCUGAGUAACCAGGUUCAGCUGACAUGUGCUGCAUUAGGUGUCCGAUGUCUGAGUGGUCUUGUUCAAUUCCACAACAGGGAAAACAGACCACAGAAAGGAGGCAUCUGCGUAGCCAACCACACAUCUCCACUAGAUGUUCUAAUCCUGGCUAGUGAUGGAUGCUACUCCUUGGUUGGCCAGGUACAUGGAGGGCUUCUGGGGCUUAUUCAGAAAUCUUGUAUGCAAACCAGUCAGCAUGUUUUGUUUGAACGUUCAGAAAUGAAAGAUCGUCAUCUAGUGAGAAAAAGAAUCAGAGAACACAUUGCAGAUAAGGCCAAAUUACCCAUUCUUAUUUUUCCAGAAGGUACCUGCAUAAACAACACAUCAGUUAUGAUGUUUAAGAAGGGAAGCUUUGAAGUAGGAGGGAUCAUCCAUCCGGUAGCUAUCAAGUAUGACCCUCGCUUUGGAGAUGCAUUCUGGAACAGCACCAAGUAUUCCAUGAUGACCUAUAGUUUUAAUGUGUUGACCAGCUGGGCUAUUGUCUGCAAUGUGUGGUACCUGCCACCAAUGGUCAAAGAGGAAGAAGAAGAUGCUGUUCACUUUGCCAACAGAGUCAAGGCGGUCAUUGCUGCUCGGGGAGGAAUGUCUGUACUUCCAUGGGAUGGGGGACUGAAAAGAAAAAAAGUCAAAGAGUCUUUCAAGGAAGAGCAGCAGAAAAAAUAUUGCCAGCUAGUAACAGAAAAUGGGUUUAUGGGAAAUGGAAAUGUUUACUAAAUGUUAUUUAUUUUAUCUCCUGUUUUUUUGACUGGACUUAUCCUCAUGGAAAAUGGGCUUUUUUUAUAUUAAAUUCUUUCCUGCUGUCCCUGUCAGAUAUUUUGUGUAUGACACAGCAGAGAAGCCAUGAACAAAUAGUAUUUUGUUUUAAAUAAGGAUAUUAGUUUAAAAAUAGGAAUGUUUAUAAGAUUCUUGUGAAAUUCUCUUCAAUGAUGAAUGUGAAGAAUCUGCAGUAAAAUUACCUAGGUUCAUUAAAACACAUUUUUUUAAAGAAAUCUUUGAGUUACUUAGAGACUUAACAGUUAGCUUCUUAACUACUAAUAAAACAUAUAUCUUUGCAACCUGUAUCAGCACCUUGUUUAGCUGUUUUCCUGUGAGCUGCAGGCACUGUGUUGUUGUAGAGAUACGCUUGCCCUGAGAGAAGACAAGGAACAGUUCACCAUAGUGUUUUCAGAAUUUCAAGAUGCAGAUGAAGUGUUGGAUGUCAGAAGGGGAAAAAAGCACUUGCUGACUUUACUCUCCAUGUCACAAGACAAGUGAUUGCAAGGUAGGAUGUUUCCCACUGUGCCAUUGACCAACAGCAGCACAACAGCCAUGGCAAAGUGUUCCAGGUGCCUGCUUGUGUGACAUGAGGAUCAGUUGGUGAAAGCCAAGGACAGUGGUGUGGAAAAAUAUAUUUUAAAAUUUAUAUUUUGUCUUCUGAUUUUCCUAUAUCCCUUUCUGUGUCUGUCUGCAUUGCACAGAUUAAAGAAAACCUAUGUCAUGGCUUCCACUAUGUUCUGUUGUAAUUAUUGCUUCUUAAAUCUUAAAUGAUACUACUUAAAUCUCUUCAGUGUGCCAGAGUUUAAAACAGAAAGUAUUUUUUUUCUGCAUGGCAGAUGUCUUUAAGGCACUAACAGAGAUUGUAGUUCUAUGUAAAGGGCUAAAAUGAGUAUGGGCCUAUGACUUCUGCUUUACCAUGUCUCUUCAUUUUGCUCGGAGUUGAAAGGGAAGACAGAAUAGGCAAAAAGAAAGGGUAGAGAGGGAAAGAGAUGGCGAGAUCAGAGUUGUUGGAACACGAAUUUUCUCAUUUGGACUGUGUUUUUAGAAGACAAUAGGAGAUUAUGUCCCUCUCUACCUGCCAUGCAAUGCUUCCCUAGCUCACUAAAAGGAUAAGAGCUGUUGGAUAUGUGAUCCUUGUUACAGUUAUAACUCAUCUUGCAUGUUUGAAUCUGCAAGUAUCACACAUCACUUGUUCAGCUGUGAAAGGAGUGGGCACAGGUGUGUGUGUGUGUCUGUUUUCUCUGCCAUCUUUUGGCUAUCUUGAUAAGAAAAAGCUAAAUGCUUUGUCAAAGAGAUUUUUUUAUGCAGACAGUGACAUUUAAAGCAAGCACUGAACCCAGCAACUUCUCAAUGAUAGCUGAGGUGUGAAUGCCAGCCUGACUUCAAAUGGACUUCAAACUUUCUUACCUUGCUUAGAAGAAGUAUUUCUUGUUUCUAUAGUUGCUUUUUAACCUACCCUACA